UGUCAGCUGGUUUCCGCCGUAAAAAACCCAAUAAGGGAUUGGCUGCCUUGAAGUGAAAUAAAUAAAAAUGUCGACCAGGAGAAAUCAGAAAGAGUUUUUGUACCCUUUCAGAGUAUUAAGUCUCUAAAAUGGAGGAGCUGUGCAACAAUUCGGGACAUUCGGCUACUUCCAGCAGUGGAAGUAAUUCCUCAAUAUCGGCCAAAACAGCUUUGAGUGAAUGCUCUGCUGCUUGGAUAAAUUACUUGAGCGCUUUGAAUAACUUAUGUACUGCCGGCUCGAAAUUGGCCCAUUCUAUAGCCGUUUUGGAGCAGUGGUCUUUGAGCGAGAAACCAUUGUUCAAUAAUUAUACCACAUCUUAUUUAACAAAUUCAUGGAACGAUUUGGCAAGAGCAACAACUGUGGCAACGGGAACCGUCAAGACACACAUGUUGGCUUUGCUACAGGAUUUCGUUACCAUAUCGUCCAUGGAUCAGUCCUCCAAUGCCGAACUGGAACAAAAACGAUUCCGAGAGCACAACGAACUAAUUGUACUAGAAAAUGCACAGGCUGUUAUCAAUAUUCAGCACCAGUUCUGUGCAGCCAGCUACGAUGCAUUUUCAUCCUUAACUUGUUGCUUUGUUUGCCAAUCCCCAGUGGGUUUUCCCCACGAACAAGACUGCAGUGUUAUGAAACAACGCAACCAACAUGAUCAACGAUCUCAAACUCCAUCGCCCAAUUUAUGUGGACCAAGCACAAAAAUGGAUUCAUCCAGAGGAAACUCACUAACCGAUCAACGCCAAAUUGCCACAGGAAUUUCUGAAUCAGCUGAACAACCGCGAGGCCCUUCACCUCAGUUAAGUUUCUGCGAUGCCAAUCCUAUGCAAGCCAUUUUCGAACACACACGCGGUCCCUUGCCAAACCCCGGACAAUUGCUGUCCAUGAAGAUUCCUUUCCACCGGAACGUCAAAUCGUCCUUAAGUUUCCCCUUGUUUCCGCUGAAUGGUCAGCGUCGUUGGUCCGAAGCUGCUGCCGGGGAGGUAAUAGAUGGAAUCUCCACCGAUCCCGAAAGUCAGAUGAGGAGGUGGUCAAUGCCUUGGGAAGCCUCAAAGACUGACAGAAACACAGUGACAUGGAAUCAAACCAGGAUAAUGCCAAUGAACACGCUGAAGGCCUCUUGCUACAAAAUGUCCAGUUCUGAACGAUAUACUUCACAUAAUUCUGAUGGAAAUUGGCCCAUGGCUUCAACCAGUCAGGAUGGGCUUCUAGAAGCCAUUCAAUUACUGUCUAUCAGACCGACAACCGUCACUCAAAUGAGUCCUCAGCCCUCGAUUCUAUCAACCUCCCCUGACGGAGCCCCACUUGACUAAGUUUCAACUAAUUUAAAACUAAAGUAAAAAUAAUAAGACACAAAAAUUAUACAUUUUAC